AUGAGCCAUCAUUCACUCUCCGUUUUCGAUCACGACUGGCCUCUACCUCCUCUACCUCCCUCCCGACGCGAAAGCGCAUUUUCCACCUCGACCUGUUCGUCCGGCUCAGCAUCCGCAAUCCUGGGUUCUCCGUCAUCACCGUUCUGCCACACGCCCAUCAGCCCCGCGACCUCGCCGGGGACGAGGUCGAGGGUCCCAUCGCUGCAUGAUGAUGUUACUCGCUUACAGCUCAGUCCGGCCGUGACGAUGAUGCCACAGGCGCCCUGCGCGGUCUGGAGCUGGGGGCGGGAUAGGGCAGAAUUCGCCUUUUAUCCAUACCUACAAGAAGCAAAUCUCAUGCAGACAGUCCACGGCACAAAACUCCCCGUGCCUCACCUCGAACACCCCAAACUUCGGGACGAACCCUCCCUCCGCAUCUCCUUUCUGGAAGAGCAGACCGUGCAAAGCGCAAGCACGGUCUUUACCACCCAGCUCUCAUAUACCUUUGAAGACUGGCGGGACUGCGUGCAGUUCCAGGAGCUCAUCCUGGCCGCAAAACUCGUUUUUAUUGCCGGCAUCGCCGAAGCAAAAUCCAAGGGCCGUGGGGAGGAAUGCAUCAGCCAGAAUCUACGGAUCUUCCGCGGAUACAACGGGAAACAGGUCAUGCUGUUUUUCGCCAACUCGCAGCGCAAGGAGCUGAAGCGAUAUGUUUCGAUCCCUGUAAAUUGCAUCGAAACAGUGAAUCCCGGCAAAAAAGCCGGUCGGCCCGUGGUGCUCGAGCUCCAUCCAAACUUUGAUAUCCUAUCGCAGAUGAAAUCACUGCACAUCCAGUUCCUGGACGAUCAGGAUACCUUAUGGUCACCAGAGAGGAUUUUCUGGUACCCUACUCCUAGGUCCCACGAGCUCGCAGCACAGGCACGGGCACAGGCACAGGCACAGGCACGAGGAGUGAGGAUUACCAAGUACAGGUAA